AAACGUCCUAUGAAGCAUACCAAUUGCAUGUAUCUUUCUCAAUGGGAUCGUGUAAUGUGUAGUGCGCCGAGUUGAGAUUAUACAAUGCCAGAUGCCGACCACAAUGCUCGUAGGGAGCGACCGUGGCUCAUUCCAAGUAACAGAAAGAUCCGCCAUCUGCAGGCUAUAACUCUCCGCAAUCUCGCUCUAUCCCAUGAAUCCAAUCGUCCUCGUCGAGGCACAAUUGACGAUGAAGGUCUUCCUGCCACCAAGAAGUCCCCAGCUAAGAUGCUUGCCUUGCGCGAUGCCCAUAACAUGAACCAUUCAAAAUCCUCCGAUGACUUGAGACCCAUCCAUGAGACCAACAUCUCCCUGUCACCCAGCCCGACCAAGCCACGCACCCCUCCACGCCCUUCGUUCGCCAAGUUACGUAGAAGAAGCACGUUAGAAUGGGCCGCUUCGACGUCGCAACAACGACAGAGACGUCUUCAAGAUGUCUCCGCCCAGCGAAUGGCCGAUUUGUUUUACUCUAUACACAUCCCGAAUCAACAAGAUCCCAUCUAUGUCAGCGAGGUGGCUGAAAAGGUCAUGAACCCGAACUUUAGGAACAUCCAUUUUGACUCUCAUGACCCUCAGCUUAUGAGACUUGACGAGUUGACUCUCAAGUUCUGGGCCAAGAGUGAGGCCAUGUCAAACUAUUCUCUAUUGAUAGACAUGACAUUAAGCAUGCGCUCACUGCAAUUCAUUGGCAAAAGCCUAUCGAGCUUCCAUCAUCCGUUCCCACCAAACUGCGUCGUGUUUCAUCUGACCGAUGGCUUCUACACUGCAUUCACUGAUGCUCGAGUCGAUGAACCUGUGGAUCCUUUCCGUGAUGGGCCUGCAAAGACGACCAGCUCUCGGACGUUAACAACCUCUUCGUUUGACGCUCUUCUGCGUCUUUCAAAGCUUGAUGACAGCGUUCAAGACGCUUUGGCCUUGCGGAAACAGCUUGCCUCAGAGCUGGAACGAACUUUACAGGAGAACCAGACAUCCUUGAGCGAAAAGACACAGCUCGCAGAAACCACCGACUUCCUGAAGACCAUUGACUUCGCUACUGUGACUGUAAAGAAGCAGCUCAAAGUCCUGCAACAGAAACGCGACCAGAAACGCAAGGCUCUUCAAAGCCGGAGAGACCUGCUCACCCGUGACUCGACCUUACGAAAGGAAGUCUUGAUGCAAGUCGAGGAGGAGGAGCCAGCACAUUCAGAUCUUACCUCCCGACACAACACCGUGAAGGCAUCCAUCACCCAACAACGCCGCCGCGUAACCAAUGACCUCUCCAAAAUCUACCCCAUAACACCUCUACCAGACCAAAGUCUCGCCUUUACAAUCCGCGGCGUGCAUCUGCCUAAUUCAGAAGCUCUGGAUGCCGCAACUCCCGAGUCUCUAGCCGCAGCUCUAGGUCACGUCGGCCACGUAAUCCAGCUCCUCUCCCUAUACCUAGGAGCCGUCCUCCCAUACCCCUGCCGCCCACGCAGCAGUACAUCCACAAUCAUCGACCCCAUCUCCAUCCUCACCUCUACCACCCCCUCGAAGUCCCUCUCCACUGCCGAAAAUGAAUUGGCCGCUCGGACCUUUCCGCUCUUCUCGAAAGGCGCUGUGCGUUUCCGCUUCGAAUAUGGCGUCUUCUUGCUGAAUAAGAACAUCGAGAUUUUGCUGAGUACGCAUUUCGGGGUCAGGGUGUUGGACAUCAGACAAACGUUGCCGAAUCUGCUGUAUGUUUUCUAUUGCGCUACGGCUGGUGAUGAAGAGUUGCCGGCGAGAAAAGCUGGUGGUGUCAGGGGAUUGAUGAGGAUGAGACAGGGAUGAGAGAUAGCAUACAUGAAGCAUAAGCAUUGACCUUGAUGAGCAUAGCGCGAUGUCUUGACUUGGUUUUCCCUAUGUUACAUGGAUGUAUUUUGAAGACUUUGGUCCCGAGCGGAGGCAGUGAUGCAUUGUUAACAAGUCAGAUUUUGUAUCAUGGUAACGACUAUUUCAGAGUGAUGUUGACCUGGUAGCGGUCAUCACAGAGUCAUCAACAGCGCGGCAAUUGAAUUGGGCAUCAUUUACAGAGUGUGAGUAGUCGACAAGAACGAUUUGCAGUAUGAGAAAGUAUUUCAGAUACCAUGGAUAAAAGAUAGAAAAAGAUUCAGACAUCCAUAACCUUCGCCUU